AUGAUUUGGAUAUUAAUAAUUGAGGUUUCAUCCAUGUUAUAUUUUCAGAGACAAACAAUUAACCUAACAACAUCUGCCGAUAUAAACACAACAAUAUCAACAACAUUAGAGUGGUUUAAUGAAACAAAAGCUACAAGUUUUGCAGGUCAAGAUUUCGAAAUCUAUACAAAUUCAAUAAAAUUUUCAAUUGAAAUUUCAAAAUAUCCAUUUGUAAACCCACUUAAUUCACUUCAAUUAAUCAUGUCAGCACAUUUUCAUCAAACUCAUCAGACUCUUGCUCAUUUAGAGAAUAUGGCAAUACAACAUCAGGUGAUAAUUCAAAUUAUAUAA